CGACAAUAUCAUGCAAGCAGUCCAAGCUACGAGCGAGAGAUGGUCGAUUAUUCACCACCAGCUAACUAUUAUGGUGGAAAGGACUACCCCGAGGUCAAAUUGCAUGUUUUGCACUGUGGAAGACAACAAGGAUCAACACCCGACUGGACGUUGCUGCAAAUUCCCCGACGCUGUGUCGCGGGCAGUGCAAGCGUCAGCCCUUGGACUCUGCGAAAGGUGCCUUCAACCGAAACACCACGAAGAUUGUGGUGUAACGUGCCCCAUUUGCGGCAGGCUGCAUAACGUCCUGCUAUGCCCAAACAGAGGACAGAAUGGGCCAUUUAAACGGCGAAAGUAAAAGCCCCAACGUUCAUUCCAUGUUCCCGACCACCUCUCAACCCAAUAAGCUAUGAUCUUCUCCAGUUCGUCAAGCCCAACUCCGCCGCAACUACGUACCCUCCACUUCUCCUUCGCCUCAACAUCGCAUCCAGUCUUCAGCCGCUCGACAAGUUUUUUUGUUGUUCCGUUCCUUUCCCCCCUCUAUUAUACGUUUUUGUAACUCCUUGUAACAUUUUGUUGUUAAUUCUGCUGUUUCCAUAUCAUUUUCUCUGUUUCUUGCUGUUCUUAUACCCAUUGCGAAAUAUCCCUUCCCUUUUUUUCAUCCUUCCUUU